UGCGUCAGUCGGAUGACAGUCCCGCCCUCUUGCUGUCACGUGAGCGAGAAGCAGUUCCGUGCAUCAGUCGCGCGCCGGGGCUGUGUUUUAGAGGUGUGUGGGGUGGUGGCGUCUUCGGCCAGAGUCGAGAGCCUCAGAGUGGGGGAAAAGCAGCAGGAGCCCCCCCACCGCCCUUUUGGUUCCUCACCAUGAUUAAAGCAAUCCUCAUUUUCAACAACCACGGGAAGCCGCGGCUCUCCAAAUUCUACCAGCGCUAUAGUGAAGAUACACAGCAACAAAUUAUCAGAGAAACAUUUCAUUUAGUGUCAAAACGUGAUGAAAAUGUCUGUAAUUUCCUAGAAGGUGGCUUGUUAAUAGGUGGGUCUGAUAACAAAUUGAUAUACCGACAUUAUGCCACAUUGUACUUCGUCUUCUGUGUUGAUUCUUCAGAAAGUGAACUUGGCAUUUUAGAUCUAAUACAAGUAUUUGUGGAAACACUAGACAAGUGUUUUGAGAAUGUCUGUGAACUGGAUUUAAUUUUCCAUGUAGACAAGGUCCAUAAUAUCCUGGCUGAAAUGGUGAUGGGUGGAAUGGUUUUAGAAACAAAUAUGAAUGAAAUUGUUACCCAAAUUGAUGCUCAAAAUAAAUUGGAAAAAUCUGAGGCUGGUUUAGCAGGAGCCCCAGCCCGGGCUGUGUCAGCUGUAAAGAAUAUGAAUCUUCCAGAGAUCCCAAGAAAUAUAAAUAUUGGUGACAUCAGUAUAAAAGUGCCAAACCUUCCCUCUUUUAAAUAAAUUGUGCACUCCAGGUAAAAAUGAAAAACAAAUCAAAGUUAUCACAUAAAUGUUUACCAAAUCAAUGUUUUGCUGUUUAAAUAAAAGGUCAAGGUACCCUAUAGAAAUCCUUUAUAAAACUGUGUGAAGUUGAUUGUGCUUUGCUUAGUGAAAUGAAAGAGAGUGGGUCAUUUGUGAUUUACAAAUAAUAUUUCUGUGCCUGUCUAAAAUAAGUGUAAUUAUCUAGAAAAGUAAUUCAAACCGUUUCUUUACUUUGUAUAACAUGUGUUUUGUAUAGACUAAGCUGUAAUGAGUACAGCAGACCUGAUUGUAUUCCUUCAAAUUAUUUAAGAUCCUGAUAUAGAUGUUGCAUGAAAGUAUUCAGGUGUUCUCUUUUUUUAAAAUAAAGUCACAACAAAAUGGA